AUAGGGUAUAGUAUAACAUAGUAUAGUAUAACGUAAUAAGUUAUGUUAAAUUAUUAGCACAGUUUAAUAAAAUACUACUUUAACUCAUAGCACUAAACACAGUAACAACAAAUAGUGGAUGGCCAGACGGAUGGAUAGUGAUCACUUUGGGGAAACCCUGGUCUAUUAGAAAAAAAGAGAGGAGAGGACAGCCAAACGCGCCCUUCAGAUUUGAAAAACGUAAACUCCCAUCAGCCCCUUCCAAACCAAGGCAAUGGCGAGGGAACGAUGGGAUUUGUAGUCCGAAAGAAUCUGGAGGCGAGAGGCUGGUCCUGUGCCGGUGCUUCGUGUUUGAUUAAUUCAGAAGGAGCUUACUGUUCUGGUAGAAGAUGGAAUGUUUAAGACAUCGGUUAGAAUUAUUUCCUGACUGCCUUGUGACUCUUAUCCUAUUUAAUGGUGUGAAAAAUGCUGCUACUCUGCGGAGGAAAGCAAUGGAAGGUGCUAUUGAUGCAGCAUUAAUUAAUCCUUCAAUGGUUGCUGAUCCUUUUCAGAUACUAGUAGCCGCAAAUAAAGCUGUUCAUCUCUACAAAAUUGGCAAAAUGAAGACAAGAACACUUAAUGCCGAAAUCAUAUUCAACCUUUCACCAAACAAUAAUAUUACAGAUGCCUUCAAAAAAUUCGGCAUUUCUGAUAGCGACUCUGCAGUACUCAUAGUUUUGAUUGAACACGAAGAGAAAACUGUGAACUUGAACGAUCUAAUAAGUCAAGUAGACGGCCAGCAAGUUUCCAUAGCAGAUCUCUCUGAAAUAAGUGACAUACAAAAAAUUAAGAAGGUAUAUAAGGUCACGCCACAAGAAGAAAAAAUAGGCAGCCUGCUGGAUGGCAUCGUUUGCAGAAUGGCAACCAAAGAAAUAUGAUUGCGUUAGUUUGUUUACCAAAAGAAAUUUUAUUUUACUUUUUUCCCCCUCUCUUGUUAUGCCAGCAUUAAAUGUAUUUUGGAAUCUCUGAUUUGAUUUGAAGCCCAGAUUUAUUACAUGAAGCAGAACGAUGCAGCUUUUUAAAGUGCUCUGCUGCCAGUAAUUAAUGAUUGUCAAAUGUAAAUAUUAAAAUUUAAAAUUGCAGAAUUCUGAGGCCAUUUCCCUGCUUUGCGUGCCACCAUGAUUCUUUGACUCAAAGCCUCAAUUGUUUUCAGGGAAACAGGGAGCAAUGAGUAAAAUUGCAACAAAUUGUCAAUAGAAUUCUUUGGAAAAAAUGGGAACUUUAGAUAAUUCUGUACUGAUUCCCUGCUUUCAUCUCAUUUCAGUCUAAUGAAAGUCUCAUAGAACAUACUCUGUUGCUCCAAAGAGAGACUGUUUCCAUGUGAGUUUUUUAAAUUAAUUUUUAAUUUAAUUAAUUACUUUUUUGUUUGAGAGUUAAUCUGAGUUCUUCAGGAGGAGAAUUCUGCUUCUUUGUAGCAUCUCCAACAGCCAUGUUUAUAAUCAUGGGAUGUAUAAUCAUAGGUGCUGUUAAGUUUCUUCCAUCUCACUCUGUUGUUCGAGUUCUCCUGCCCUUGGCCAAACUUUGUAUCUUGAGGUUAUCAUCUCUGUGAUCAGAUGGACCCAACACAGAUAAAUUCCACUUUGCUGUAACCCUAAUUUUAUUUUUUUCUAUAGUCUAAUUGCAGCUGUUCUACUUUCCUGUUUCAACCAAACAUAACCUCUUUGGCAUGGCCAUGUUACUAGAUCAUAACUCAUUCCAUUAUCUUUUUCCCUUUGGGGAAGCCUCUUCUUAUGAAUGUUGUUUUUGUUGCACCUUGGAAUUAAAAAUGCCCCUUUUUUCUGGAAAAUUGAUGAUUGGUUAUUUUUCUUCGGGUGGUCAUGGGAGUGUACUUCUUCCCAAGCUUUCUGGACAUCACUCACAGCUGGUUUCUUGUUAAUAGUAAGCUAGAAAAUUCAGGCUGCACCAGAUUGAUAUCUACUAUGCUCCAAUGAAAUAGGUCCAAAGUCACAUUCGGAAGAUUUCUUCCUUAAUCUUGGAUCUGAAUUGCCCUAAUCUAGUUUUUCUCAAUUUGGUGCCCUCUGUUUGUCUUUGAAAUAUAACUGCAAUUUCCAGGUCAUGUUGCCUGGAAAUUCUGGAAGUUGUAGGAUCAAUACAUUUAUUGUGCUAAUGCUAGGUUGGGAAAGCCUGACAGCUUUUAUCUUUGAACAUGGAGCACUUUGUUCCAAAUCUUGCAGCUUUUUAAAAAAAUUUAUAAAUCUAUGUACGUGAUUACACUUUAAAAAUGUAGAAAAUGCUCUAUCCUACUGUUUCCUUGGGGUUAUGUCAAAUUUGCUCCCCAAACAAAUUAAAGACAUUUAAAUUGGAUAAAUAAA